AAAAGGUAAAGUUUAAUUAUGUGAAAUGUAUAAUAUAAAAUUAUAUGUGUUCAUACGUACAUACAUAUUAUUAGAUCUGAAGGAAAAAAAUAGUGUACAUAAGAAGAAUUUGCUUAAGUGAGAAUAACGAGAACCGGUAUCGGUACAUAGCAACCCGUUAAUAAUUACUAAAAUUGUGAGAAAAUCUCAUGCGAGGUAAGACACGGUAGUGAAAUGUUAUGACUAGAGAAAAAAAAAACUAAUUAAGAUAUUCAAUUUGCCCGAAAGCCGAUUUUGUUUAGUGUGUCAACCUCAAAACCAGUUAUAAAAUCCCAGUUUUGAGCAAAAAAGAAGAAAUACGUAAAAGGAUUUUUUUGUGUAGAUUAUAUUGUUGCCGCCGUUCCUAGUGGGUACCCAAUACGUAAGAUUUACUAGUGGGUACAUAGACAUAAGCGGUAUAUUUCCAAACACAUUAAUGUAUGUAUUUUUCUAACUAUUGUACACAAGACACUUGCAGUGGCGUGAUAAAAUAAUAUAAAGGCAAUAACGUUCGUUACGGGACAGUUCGUCUGCAUACGCCAAAAGAAACAAAUGUUUUUAAAGUAGUAUAAAGUCAUCUUCGAAGAAAGAAUAAAAUUAAUUACUACUGAAAAAAGUUGUUUGAAUUAAAGGCAAGCUCGUGAAGUAACAAAUUCUUUAAAAACAUUUUCCUCUACCGCGGUACGCGUAUUCAUUACAUAUUUAAAUUUUUUAUAUAAAGAACUCCAAAUGGAAAGUCAAGGAGACUUAUGCGGUGAAUUCAAUUGCCACAAGUGCAACGAAAAGGAUAACAGCCGUAUGGUACAAUGUGACCAGUGCGACAAGUGGUACCAUUUCACCUGUGUCGGGGUUAACAGCGGAAUAGAAGACGAGAGCUGGAAUUGCGCCAAAUGCAAUCCGCAAACUUCCAACGCAACUACGAGUGCUGCAGCUCCCCCGAACAAAGCACGCAGCGAAAUAGUACGAAUACCUAGUUCACAUUUAUUGCAAUCAACAUCCUCACCUACACAGGAAGCACCGCCUUUAAAUCCAUGGAGCACAGCUGACGGUUACACUGGGACAGCUACACAUACGAGUGGUCCCAAUCAAUUGGUUACCACUCCGCUGCACCUCCCGGCAUCAGCUUCCGCAGCCAAUUUGCCAGUACCCCCGCGCUUUGUGACAGCACCACUAACUGCAGGACAUCCAAACUACGUGACAACACCUGCGCAAAUAGCAGCACGACAAGCCAUUCCAAAGGAGCUUCCGCAUUUCCAUGGCCACCCGGAGGAAUGGGCCCUGUUCAUUAGUAGCCUUGAAACCAGCACGGAGAUCGCGGGCUAUGCAAAUGCUGAGAAUCUAAUGCGUCUACAAGCCUGUUUAAAAGGUAAAGCCAGAGAGAUGGUUCAAAGCAAACUAUUGUUGCCGGCAAUGGUCCCGGAAAUCAUUCAAACUUUGCGCAUGUGCUUCGGCAGGCCAGAGCUAAUAAUUGAGAAUUUGAUCGAAAAGGUGAAAAGGGUUCCACCUAUAAAAGAGACUAGAUGGCCUCAUAGACUUUGCGCUCUGCGUGCGCAACGUGUACUCCACGAUGGAAUCCUGCCGCAUGGGGGCUUAUAUGAAUAACCCUACUCUAGUGAAAGAUUUGCUGGACAAGUUGACAAACAACCACAAGCUUGCUUGUGCUAUGCAUCCGAAAGGACAACACGAGCCAAUAGUAAAAAUAUUUAGUGACUGGCUCUAAGCACUUGCUGAAGCAGCGAGUCAAGUAGUCGGAUACACUACUCCGAAAAGAGGCGGGAUUAUCAACACGCACAUGCAAACACCCAACGCACAACGAGAUGUCACCUGUAGCCACUGUAAAGCUGGUGGACCGAGUGGCACAGCGCCAGGACUUUAGAAAGCUGAGUUCAACUUGCAGAUGGGAUGUUGUCCGCGCGUUAAAGUUAUGUCGCCAAUGCCUUAACGCUCACCGACGCAUAUGCUUCGUAGCCAGGACCUGCGGAGUGGAAGGUUGUAAAGCCAAACAUCACCCGCUCCUGCACGAAAUUACGGCCCUGAACUCACAAAACAGCCAUGACUACCCUAGCGUGACAGCCAGCGGAAGUGUUAACUCACACAACGACACCAGACGAAAGUCUUCUCCCUACUUUCGCAUCUUGCCGGUUCGUAUAUAUGGAAAUGGAAACUAUAUUGAUACAUUUGCCUUUUUAGACGAAGGUUCAUCAGUAACCCUCAUCGAAGAAAAAAUCUUCAAGCAACUAAACCUGACAGGUGUUCCCGAACCAUUAUGCCUUCGCUGGACUAGCGACAAUACCCGUAAUGAAGAUGCAUCUGUGAGAACUUCGUUCACGAUCAGUGGCACACAGCAUAACAAAGCGUUUAACAUUACUGGGGUGCACACCGUGAGCCAUCUCGGUCUGCCAAGGCAAACUGUUGACAUGGCGAAAAUUACCAAGGAUUACCCAUAUAUGACCGGCCUAUCAAUACAAUCAUACGUUAACGCGAAGCCGACAUUGCUUAUUGGCUCCGACAAUUGGCAAGUGGCCGUACCGCUUAAGAUUCGAGAAGGUAGUUGGUGCCAACCGAUAGCAACGAAGACUAGAUUGGGUUGGGCUAUACAAGGUCGUUGUAACGGUUCAUCGUCGAACGCGCGCCUAAACGUACAUACAUGCGCGUGCAAAGCCGAAAAUGAAAGACUGCACGAAAUGGUUAAGGAGAAUUUCCAAUUAGAUGACCCCAAACCAACGAUGCUGCGCUCACCCGAUGACCAAGGGCAGUAGCCAUACUUGAAUCGACGUGCAGAAAAGUUAACAACAGGUACGAGGUUGGACUACUAUGGCGACACGAGGAAAUCAGAUUGCCCGACAGCUACGAAAUGGCUUACAAACGCCUCGUGUGCCUCAAUAACAAAUUUCGUAAGGAUCCGUCACUAAAGGUAGCUAUUCAGAAGCAGAUCGACAACCUUUUAACUAGGGGCUACGCAAAGAAGUUGAGCACAGCUGAGCUAGUAGCACAUAAAGGACGCGUGUGGUAUAUGCCAAUAUUAAACCUGGGAAAGUGCGCCUAGUCUGGGACGCUGCAGCUAAAAGUAAAGGCAUAGCGCUCAACGACACCGUUCUAGGCGGGCCCGAUUUUUUGAUCCCUUUAGUCGACAUCUUAUUGGAAUUUCGCAUCGGAAAGGUGGCCUUGGUUGGACAAGGAGGACGACAUUAGCCAACCAAGCGUCUACGUCAUGCGCGCCCUCACGUUCGGUAUUAGCUGCGCUCCGUGCAUCGCACACUAUGUGCGCGACAGAAAUGCGCGAACACUUUCGUUCAACAAUAUCCAGAAGCCGUCGAUGCUAUAAAACGUUACCAUUACAUUGACGACUUUAUCUACAGUGGGGAUAGCGAACAGGCUGUCAUAGAACUAGCAAAAACGGUGAAACAUAUACACGCCUCAGCCGGAUUUCAUAUUCGCAACUGGGCAUCAAACUCAGCAGCGGUCUUAAAACAUAUGGAAGGCAGUUGUAAUAGGGCUCAGGAACCAUUGCAGUUGAAUUCGAACGAAAAGAUUCUAGGAUUCUAUUCAAAUACGCGUUCAGGUUCACAAGACUAAGGCGAAACGUUGUAACAAGUGACACUACACCAAUCAAGCGCGAAAUCCUUCAGGUCUUAAUGUCAAUUUUCGACACUCUUGGUCUUUUAUCUCACUAUACAAUAACACUAAAAAUGUUACUCCAAGAAAUAUGGCGCUCAGACAUUGACUUGGACGAGGAGAUCGACGCCGCAAUGGAGUCAAAAUGGUGCCAGUGGAAGACCGCCCUAUCAGCCAUGACCAAAGUUGAAAUACCCAGACCCUACUCAUCUUAUCUCCUGCACGAAACUGUUCAACUGCAUACCUUCGCAGACGCCGGCGAAUUCGGCUACGCAGCGGUAUGCUACCUGCGCGUCAAGAGUGGCUCCCAUAUCGACGUUUCUAUUGUAGCCGCUAAAUCAAAGGUAGCACCUCUGAACCCGGUAUCAAUCCCCCGCCUGGACCUUCAAGCAGCAGUACUGGGCGCGAGACUGGCUUUAAAGAUAUAAGGCAUACCACGGCUACAAAUAAAAAAGAAAAUAUUCUGGACAGAUUGAACAACGGUACUGAAAUGGUUUGGUAUUGAUCCCCGACAAUUCCGCUAAUUCGUAAUGUUUCGAGUUGCUGACAUCUUAGAGCGAACGAAUUUGAACCAAUGGAAAUGGGUACCAUCGCUUUUAAACCCUUCGGACCUGGCAACUAAGGUUGACUCUAAAAUUGACACAAGCCUUUGGUUUAAUGGACCAACAUUCUUGCAAUACGAUGAAUGCAAGUGGCCCUACCGCGACGACUUGGGAUCAGUCGACAACAGCGAAGUAAAAAAUCACUUACUACAUAUCAGGAAGUUGGAACAGAAGAAACUCACUAUCAACUUCGAGUAUUUUUCAAACUGGAGAAGGCUGUAUCGUGCGCUGGCUAGAUUCAUUCUUUAUAUAGGGAAAGUCAAAGCAAAGUCUCGAUCACGGGAGCUGCCCAACAUGGUCACGUUUGAAAUGGUUAAAGCAGCAAAAACGGCACUAAUAAUUCAGGCGCAGCUUAGCGAGUACGGAAACGAUCUACUUAACCUAAAAAGCGGUAAGAGUCUUGAAAAAAGCAGUAAAUUAAAAGCGCUUGAUGUAUAUGUAGAUGAGUUUGAUGUCGUACGUGUUCGAGGUCGGGCCGAAUUCCUCGCAGCUCGCAAUGCUGUGGUUCUGCCGGGUAAACACCACAUCGCCUACCUUAUAGUUAAAGACGCCCACGAAAGGUAUCAGCACAUAUCACAUGAAACUGCAAUAAAUGAAUUAGGAGGGGGAUUCCACAUACCGCGGCUCCGUGUCCUGUAUCGUAUGGUACGUCGAAUGUGUCAAACUUGCAAAAAUAAAUUUGCGACACCUCGUCCUCCAAAAAUGGCUCCCUUACCUACCGCUAGACUCGCAAGCUUCGAACGACCGUUUAGAUACUUUGGUAUCGACUAUUUUAGCCCAAUAUUCGUCGUUGUUGGUAGACAUCGAGAAAAACGUUGGGGCGUAAUCUUCACGUGCCUCACGGUUAGAGCUAUCCACGUAGAGAUCGCCUACAGCCUUGACACAAGCUCCUGCGUCUUAUGCUUACGUCAUUUUAUUUCACUACGCGGAGUACCGCGAGAAAUCUACACCGAUAACGGUACGAACUUCAAAGCGACCAGCAAUAUCUUGCGUAUCGAAGCAAAGCAAGUAGACUACGCAACUAUGCAGACAAAAUUUGACAAUAUCAAGUGGAACUUCAACCCACCGGCGGCGCUUCAUAUGAGCGGGGCGUGGGAACGUCUUAUAAGGUCGAUCAAGACCGUGUUAAAUGAAAUGCAUCCCGAGCAUAACUUUAAUGAUGAAACCCCUCGUAGCGCUCUCUUAGAAGUCGAGUUUAUGAUCAAUUCAAGACCGCCUACUUUCGUUACCAUAGACGGGUGCGACGAUGAAGCGCUCACGCCGAACCACAUUUUAUUGGGCUCAUCCUCCGGCUACAAACCAAUCGUAAGCGGCGGAGACCUGUGCCAACGCUAUCGUCAAACGCAACUGUAUGUGAAUAGGUUCUGGCAGAGAUGGGGAAAGAGUAUCGACCGAUCCUAACGCGGAGAGCCAAGUGGUUCGAAAAGCAACCCCCUUUAAAGGUUGGCGACGUAGUGGUAAUUGUCGACGAGUCUAUGGCAAGGAACUGUUGGCCGAAGGGCAUCAUAGUGGACGUCGUCACAGCAAAGGAUGGCCAGGUGAGGCGCGCAACCAUGAAAACAGCACGCGGAAUUCUGGAUCGACCUGCCAUAAAACUAGCUGUGCUGGACGUCGGCAAUCCGAAGAAGUAUGCUCGGAGGACUCGCUUACGAGGGAGGGAAUGUUGCCGCCGUUCCUAGUGGGUACCCAAUAUGUAAGAUUUCCUAGUGGGUACAUAGACAUAAGCGGUAUAUUUCCAAACACAUUAAUGUAUGUAUUUUUCUAACUAUUGUACACAAGACACUUGCUGUAAAUAUAGUAGCGUGAUAAAAUAAUAUAAAGGCAAUAACGAUCGUUACGGGACAGUUCGUCUGCAUACGCCAAAAGAAACAAAUGUUUUUAAAGUAGUAUAAAGUCAUCUUCGAAGAAAGAAUAAAAUUAAUUACUACUGAAAAAAGUUGUUUUAAUUAAAGGCGAGCUCGUGAAGUAACACAUAUUAAUCUUUCGACUGUGCUCUUCUGUUAUUGUCAACAUUAACAGCCAUAUGAACCGCAACAUAAAUACGGAUGCUAACAGCAAAAUAAGCUGCAUCGUCUGCAACUCUAGCAACAUUUCUAGCCGCUUUGUAUCUACCAACACUAUGAAAGAUCUUUCAUCGUGGAAGCAACGCAACACUUUUCACAUUCAUGUGUAACACCAAGCAGUGGGAUAACCUGGCGCUCGAAUGAACGAUGUAUAUUGGAAAAACCCCACUCAAAUCGCAAAAAAAAAGAAUUGUUGCACUUUUCAUUAUGUAAGUUUUAAUUUGUAUUUUUUCGCCCGUGCCUUUCAUUUUCAUGGUGUUAAUAUAUUAUUCAGUUUUUCCGCGUUCAGUAUUUGAGUAUUAGCAAUGGAUGAUGAAAAGCUUAUUGAGUCUGUCCGGAGCUGUCCCUGUUUGUACGAUAAAAGUCAUACAGACUUCAAGAACCCGGAGAAAAAAAGACGAGCUUGGCUGGAAGUUGCCAACAGUUUGGAAGUUAAUGGUAAACGUAAAUUAGUUGAGCGUUAUUACUUAUAAGAUGUUUUUAUAUUCUUAAUAGAAUCCAUUGUCAUGAAGCGGUGGGGAAAUUUGAGAGAGCGCUUCAGCAAGGAAAUUAGAAACUCCUCCUCAGGAAGUGGCGCGCUUUUGGGAAGGCAGUGAGUGCUAUUAGACAGCCUGCAGUUUCUAAGAAGUCAUAUUAUUCCUAAACCAAUGCGACAAAGUGCGCCAUCAUUGCAAACAAAUGAUGUAAGUGGCGAAAUUUUAGACAUACUUUGCGAUUCCGCCUUGCUUGCGCAGUCACCUCAAAUUUCCCCUGCGCAGUCACCUCCUAAGUCAACUUCAAUUCCA